AUGAAGGGGAAUGGUGUCCCUGAACUGAAUUGGAAUGGUCUCCAUGAACUGAAGUGGAAUGGUGUCCAUGAACUGAAGUGGAAUGGUCUACUUGAACUGAAGUGGAAUGGUGUCCAUGAACUGCAGUGGAAUGGUGUCCAUGAACUGAAGUGGAAUGGUGUCCAUGAACUGCAGUGGAAUGGUGUCCAUGAACUGAAGUGGAAUGGUGUCCAUGAACUGCAGUGGAAUGGUGUCCAUGAACUGCAGUGGAAUGGUCUGCAUGAAAUGAAGUGGAAUGGUGUCCAUGAACUGCAGUGGAAUGGUCUACAUGAACUGAAGUGGAAUGGUGUCCAUGAACUGAAGUGCAAUGGUGUCCAUGAACUGCAGUGGAAUGGUGUCCCUGAACUGAAUUGGAAUGGUGUCCAUGAACUGAAGUGGAAUGGUGUCCAUGAACUGCAGUGGAAUGGUGUCCAUGAACUGAAGUGGAAUGGUCUACAUGAACUGAAGUGGAAUGGUGUCCAUGAACUGAAGUGGAAUGGUCUGCAUGAACUGCAGUGGAAUGGUGUCCAUGAACUGCAGUGGAAUGGUGUCCAUGAACUGCAGUGGAAUGGUGUCCAUGAACUGAAGUGGAAUGGUCUGCAUGAACUGCAGUGGAAUGGUGUCCAUGAACUGAAGUGGAAUGGUGUCCAUGAACUGCAGUGGAAUGGUGUCCAUGAACUGAAGUGGAAUGGUGUCCAUGAACUGAAGUGGAAUGGUGUCCAUGAACUGCAGUGGAAUGGUCUGCAUGAACUGCAGUGGAAUGGUGUCCAUGAACUGAAGUGGAAUGGUCUGCAUGAACUGAAGUGGAAUGGUCUACAUGAACUGAAGUGGAAUGGUGUCCAUGAACUGAAGUGGAAUGGUGUCCAUGAACUGCAGUGGAAUGGUGUCCAUGAACUGAAGUGGAAUGGUGUCCAUGAACUGAAGUGGAAUGGUGUCCAUGAACUGCAGUGGAAUGGUCUGCAUGAACUGCAGUGGAAUGGUCUCCAUGAACUGAAGUGGAAUGGUCUGCAUGAACUGAAGUGGAAUGGUCUACAUGAACUGAAGUGGAAUGGUGUCCAUGAACUGAAGUGGAAUGGUGUCCAUGAACUGCAGUGGAAUGGUGUCCAUGAACUGAAGUGGAAUGGUGUCCAUGAACUGCAGUGGAAUGGUGUCCAUGAACUGAAGUGGAAUGGUGUCCAUGAACUGCAGUGGAAUGGUGUCCAUGAACUGAAGUGGAAUGGUGUCCAUGAACUGCAGUGGAAUGGUGUCCAUGAACUGAAGUGGAAUGGUGUCCAUGAACUGCAGUGGAAUGGUGUCCAUGAACUGAAGUGGAAUGGUGUCCAUGAACUGCAGUGGAAUGGUCUACAUGAACUGAAGUGGAAUGGUGUCCAUGAACUGCAGUGGAAUGGUGUCCAUGAACUGCAGUGGAAUGGUCUACAUGAACUGAAGUGGAAUGGUCUGCAUGAACUGCAGUGGAAUGGUGUCCAUGAACUGAAGUGGAAUGGUGUCCAUGAACUGAAGUGGAAUGGUGUCCAUGAACUGCAGUGGAAUGGUCUACAUGAACUGAAGUGGAAUGGUGUCCAUGAACUGCAGUGGAAUGGUGUCCAUGAACUGCAGUGGAAUGGUCUACAUGAACUGAAGUGGAAUGGUGUCCAUGAACUGCAGUGGAAUGGUGUCCAUGAACUGCAGUGGAAUGGUGUCCAUGAACUGAAGUGGAAUGGUGUCCAUGAACUGCAGUGGAAUGGUGUCCAUGAACUGAAGUGGAAUGGUGUCCAUGAACUGCAGUGGAAUGGUGUCCAUGAACUGCAGUGGAAUGGCUUUCCCCUCCCCUCCUCACAGAGGACAGCAAGGCCAUCAAGGGACCCUUUCUCAGCACACAACAGCAAAUACCUCACCGUUCCUCAGAACCGGACCUCCACACACAGCAGCAGGAUCAAGGGAGCUUUGGAAGAUCCAGGCUCUAUGCAAUCUUUCAGCAGCUCUAUUAUAAACAAUUACCUGGAUGGGACACAAGGAGGGGCCGUGGCCAAAGGGUCCCCCGGUGGCAUGCACUUCAGGGACAGCAGGAGGAAGGUGGACUACGUCUUAGCCUACCACUACCGCAAACACCUGGCUCGGCACCUCCCCGCCCCUGGCUCCGCGGAGCCCACGCACGGAGCUGCCUCCUCGGGACUGCUUUCCAACGGAGGCACCGCCAAGGGCAGCGCUGAGCUGCACCCACGGGAGGAUGGCCAGCAUGCCCUGCAGGAGCCACGGGGACUGCCUGGGGUGGAGGUGGUUGAGCUCAGCCCCCUGGAUGCCAUGGAAGAGGAGAAGCAGCUGCAGCGGGAGGAAUAUGAACGCAACCUGGUGGAAGCAGGGCUGGAGAUAGAGAAGGACCCUGAGAACAAGAGCCAAGGACUGAGUUUUGUCCGGAUACAUGCACCCUGGCAAGUUCUCAGUCGAGAAGCUGAGCUCCUUAAAAUCAAAAUGCCCACUAAAAAGAUGUAUGAAAUCACAGAAGAAGGAGGAAUACUCAAAAAGUUAAAUGAAAUAUGGUGCAAACUGACUGAGCCUCUGCAACCCCAGGUGCCACGACAAGAAAACACCAACAUGAAAACCUUGUCUUACCCAUUUUCUAGAGAGAAAAUCUAUUUGUAUAACAUUAAAGACAAAGACACCUUUUUUGACAACGCCACCCGCAGCCGAAUAGUACAUGAAAUCUUGAAGCGCACAUCUACGAAGGCCAGAAACAGCAUGGGUAUCAGCACAUUAAUAGCAAACAACGUUUAUGACGCUGCGUAUCCGCUCCAUGAUGGUGAAUAUGAAGGCCAAAAUGAUGAGAUGAAUGAAAGACAGUUGCUGUAUCAGGAAUGGGCAAGAUAUGGAGUGUUUUACAAGUUUCAGCCUAUUGACCUUAUAAGGAAGUAUUUUGGAGAAAAGAUAGGACUUUAUUUUGCAUGGUUGGGUUUAUACACCGAAUUCCUCAUUCCAUCUUCGGUAGUUGGGAUUAUUGUCUUUCUCUACGGAUGUAUAACCAUUGAGAGUGACAUUCCUAGUAAGGAAAUGUGUGACCAACACAAUGCCUUCACCAUGUGCCCCCUGUGUGACAAGUUCUGUGACUACUGGAACCUCAGCUCCGCCUGUGCUACCGCUCGAGCCAGCCACUUAUUUGACAACCCUGCCACAGUCUUUUUCUCCAUCUUUAUGGCUCUUUGGGCUACUAUGUUCCUUGAACAAUGGAAGCGAUUGCAGAUGAGACUGAGUUACUUCUGGGAUCUAACUGGACUGGAGGAAGAAGUAGAGCAUCCCAGACCAGAGUAUGAAACCAAACUCCUGCAGAAAAAGCUGAAGAAUAAAAACCUCACAACAGAAAAUUCAAAUGAAGGUGAAAAGGAGAAGCUGACCUGGAGCGACCGUAUGCCUGGAUAUGCAGCAAACUUGGGAUUGAUUUUAUUUAUGAUCAUGCUGACGUGUUCAGCAGUGUUUGGGGUGAUCAUUUACCGGAUCACCAGCGCAGCAGCUUUGUCAUUCAGCACAAACGAGAGCCCCAGGUCAAACGUCCGAGUGACCGUGACUGCCACUGCGGUCAUCAUUAACCUUGUCGUCAUACUCAUCCUCGAUGAGAUUUAUGGAGCUGUUGCCAAAUGGCUGACAGAAAUAGAGGUACCAAAAACAGAGAAAACCUUUGAGGAGAGACUGAUUUUGAAGGCAUUCCUACUGAAGUUUGUGAAUUCUUAUGCACCAAUUUUCUAUGUUGCCUUUUUUAAAGGAAGAUUUGUUGGCCGUCCUGGUCAUUACGUGUAUGUGUUCGAUGGCUAUCGAAUGGAAGAGUGUGCUCCAGGAGGCUGCUUGAUGGAACUCUGUAUUCAGCUGAGCAUCAUUAUGCUUGGAAAACAACUGAUUCAAAACAAUCUGUUCGAGAUUGGAAUCCCAAAGCUAAAGAAGCUCUUCAGGAAGCUGAAGGAUGAAAGAACUGAGCCAAAAGAAGUGGACACCAACCAAUCAAAGGACCCUCAGCAAUGGGAUCUUGACUAUAUCUUGGAACCUUUCACUGGGCUGACUCCAGAAUACAUGGAAAUGAUUAUCCAGUUUGGCUUUGUCACCCUCUUUGUUGCCUCUUUCCCUCUGGCACCUCUCUUUGCUCUGCUGAACAACAUCAUAGAAGUCCGUCUCGACGCAAAAAAGUUUGUUACUGAAUUGAGGAGGCCAGACACAGUAAGAGAAAAAGAUAUAGGUAUUUGGUACAACAUCUUGAGUGGCAUUGGGAAGCUUUCAGUCAUCAUUAAUGCUUUUGUAAUUGCUGUCACAUCUGAUUUCAUUCCACGCCUUAUGUAUCAAUAUGCAUACAGUCAGAAUGGAACCAUGCAUGGCUUCAUCAAUCACACGCUCUCCUACUUCAAUGUCAGCCAUCUGAAGGCUGGAACACAGCCAGAAAACUCCCCUUUUGCACAAAAUGUUUUAUUCUGCAGGUUCAAAGACUACAGAGAACCACCUUGGUCCCCAAACCAGUAUGAGCUCUCUAAGCAGUACUGGGCAGUCUUAUCUGCUCGCUUGGCUUUUGUUAUUCUGUUUCAGAACCUGGUGAUGUUCCUCAGCGUUCUGGUGGAUUGGAUGAUUCCUGACAUCCCCAAGGACAUCAGUGAGCAGAUCAAAAAGGAGAAGAGUAUGCUUGUUGACUUCUUCCUGAAAGAAGAGCAUGAAAAGCUGAAGCUGAUCGAAAGCUUCAUCACCCACGACAAGCACAAACACAAAAGUGGGACCAAAGGCAGCAGGAUCCGGGCCGCCAGCUUCCAGGGCUACCAGCUCAACAGAAGCAGGCAAAGCAGCUUCACCUCCUUUAGCUCCCAGCACACAGAAGUGUGA